UAGUGUGACAUCGGCGUUGGUCGCAACUUUUGAAUUCGCUGGAAGUUACUGUAGCGCCGCUAAUUAUUUAAUUUGUAGUUCAGCAACAAUGAGUUCAGUUGAGAGUUUGAGAGAGUUUGUCAACGAGCGACUAACUGCUGCUGCUGAAGAAAUAUUCAGAGUUUUUAAAAACACUAUCGUCGAGUACGAGAAAGAGAUCGAUCGUCAGCGCAGACUGCUGGAUAUCGUUUGGAAACCCGAAAUAAAGUUACACAGGAUAGAGCUCCCACAGCAACAUGUCUGUAAGGAGGAGGAGGUUCUGGCUGACCAGCAGCUCUGGAUUCAGGAGAGGAUCCCCGGUCUGGACCAGGAGGACCCACAGCAACAUGUCUGUAAGGAGGAAGAGGUUCUGGCUGACCAGCAGCUCUGGAUUCAGGAGAGGAUCCCCGGUCUGGACCAGGAGGACCCACAGCCUCCACAGGUUAAAGAAGAACAGGAGGAAUUCUGGACCAGUCAGGAGGGAGAGCAGCUUGUAGUGAAGCAGGAGACUGACACCUUUAUGUUGAGUCCUGCUCAUGAGGAAAGUGACCACAGUGAAGCAGAACUGAAAAGUGACCACCAGCUCCUCUCUCACAGCUGUCAUGUAGCUGAGAGCCAAGAUCAGAAAGGAGGCGAGCAUGAAGACUCAGGAUCAACUAGAGAUGCAGAGCCAAAACAAAAGAAUCAAGAUCACAACAGCAGAAGCCCCAGAAACAAUGUACACAAGUCUACCAUGUCAGAGGUUCACCAUGAUCCUCACACAGGUAAAAACUCUUUCACAUGUGACACAUGUGGAAAAGGUUUCCAGUACAAGUCAGAUUUUCAGACACACCUGAGAAUUCACACAGGUGAGAAGCCGUAUUCUUGCAACACAUGUGGGAAAUCAUUUUGCCAGAGUGGUGCCUUAAAAGUCCACAUGAGAAUCCACACAGGUGAGAAGCCGUACCUUUGCAAUAUCUGUGAUAAAAGAUUCAAGGACAGUUCAACAUUAAAAAAACAUAGGAGAACCCACACAGGUGAAAAGCCGUACCUUUGCAAUAUCUGUGGGAUAAGAUUCAGUGACACUUCAACAUUAAGAACACAUAGGAGAACCCACACAGGUGAAAAGCCGUACCUUUGCAAUAUCUGUGGUAAAAGAUUCCGUGUCGCUUCAACAUUUAAAAACCAUAUGAGAACCCAUACGGGUGAGAAGCCAUAUUCUUGCAAAACAUGUGGGGAAUCUUUUAGCUGGUGGAAUAUCUUGAAAGUCCAUAUGAAAACCCACACUGGUGAGAAGCUGUAACUUUGUGAGACCUGCAGGACAAGAUUCAGUGACACUUCAGCUUUUAAAAAACAUAUGAGAACCCACACAGGUGAGAAGCCGUAUUCUUGUGGAACAUGUGGGAAAGCGUUCAGAGUUAGUGGUCAAUUGAAAAUUCCAUCCAUCAGUUAGGGUUGUACUCACUUCCCCCCCAGCGGUUUAGACAUUAAUGGCUGUGUGAUGUGUUAUUUUGAGGGGACAGCAAAUUUACAUUGUUAUACAAGUUGUACACUCAUUACUUUACACUGUAGCAAAGUGUCAUUUCUUUAGUGU